UCGGGACUCGUCCCUCACUCACCUCAAUGGCCGACCGAGUUCACCCGCACGACUCACCGUCGCCGACCGUCUCUCAAAUCAACGCCUCCGACGCCGCCGCCGCACCGAAGCCUAGUCUUCCGCCGGAUGGGAAACCCGUUCCGCCUCCGGGAACCUACGUCAUCAAGAUUCCGAAGGACCAGAUCUACCGCGUUCCUCCGCCGGAGAAUGCUCGCCGCUUCGCCAAAUACACCGACAAAAAAAGUAAACGGAGCUACGGCGGUGGCGGUCGUCGCCGCUGCAGCUUCUGCUGUUGCUUCUCCUGGUUCAUCGGAGUCCUCUUCAUCAUCGCCUUGCUCAUUGGAAUCGCCGCCGGCGUACUCUACUUAGUUUUCAAGCCGAAGUCUCCGCACUACUCCAUCGACCACAUCGGAAUCAAAGCAAUGAACCUCACCACGGCGGUGAUGUCCCCGGAGUUCAACAUUACCGUCAAGGCGGAUAACUCUAACGACAAGAUUGGAAUCCGUUACGAAACGGAUAGCUCGGCUGAAAUAUUCUUUAAAGGCGUGAAGCUCUGUGACGGAGCGUUGCCGGCGUUUUACCAGCCGCCAAAAAACGUCACGGUGUUUAUGACGCCGUUGAAGGGUAACGGUAUCAAGCUGAAGAGCGAGGAUGAGAAGGCGUUGGUGGAUGCGGAGACCAAACGGCAGGUGCCGUUGAACGUUAAGUUAGUUGCGCCGGUGAAGAUAAAAGUUGGUUCCGUUGAGUCGUGGAAGAUCACCGUUAAGAUUCACUGUGAUGUAACAGUAGACCAGCUAACGGUGCAGUCGAAGAUUCUUUCUAAAAAAUGUAAUUACAA